CUAACAGGUGACAAUGCUGCGCUCCGAGCUCUUUCCUGCCCCCUCAUACUGGGGGUCUCAGGCAUGGAGGGAGGAGGCACUGGAGAAACUGACCCCUGACCCGGAUCACUGCGUGAGGUCACGUGUGCCCCUUCCUUGAUCUCUCCCAGCUGAGCUCCCUCUCCCACUCUGCAAAUGGGUAAAGCCACGCCUACAGGGAGGAGGGGAGGGAGUCUUCAGACUUCCUCAGGCCAGAAGUCUCAGAAGCUGCAAGUUCUUGGGACAGAUGGCCCUGACUUCAAGUCUCUGCUCCCCUAGGUUUUGGGACAUGACCCAAACACAUGCUCUUUAGGGCUCCCUUAGUUCACGACUCACUCAUGACCCACCCUUGCAGAGCUGGACUCUUCCUUCUUCCACCUGUCUGGGCCCAAGAAAUGCAGCGGAACCACCUGGAGUGAGCCUGAGUUCCUGUCCGUCCGUGUCCGUCGGAGUCCAAGGUGGCCAAAGACUGUCUCUCACCUUGAAGUUUGCACUUGGUGCCAUGGAGGGACAGACCCCUGGAAGCAGAGGCCUUUUGGAAAAGCCUGGGACCGCCAGCCCCGGUCUGUCCUCACUGAGCGCUGCCUUCAUCCUCCUGAAAUCUGCGCUGGGGGCCGGCCUGCUCAACUUCCCCUGGGCCUUCUACAAGGCCGGUGGGGUGGCCCCCGCCUUCCUGGUAGAGCUGGUCUCCUUGGUCUUCCUGAUCAGUGGGCUGGUCAUCCUGGGCUAUGCCGCCUCCGUCAGUGGCCAGACCACCUACCAGGGCGUGGUUCGAGGGCUGUGCGGACCUGCCGUCGGGAAGCUGUGUGAGGCCUGCUUCAUCGUCAACCUGCUCAUGAUCUCCGUGGCCUUCCUCAGGGUGAUCGGGGACCAGCUGGAGAAGCUGUGCGACUUCCUCCUGCCCGCCCUGCAGCCCUGGUACGCCGACCAGCGCUUCACCUUGACCCUGCUCUCCAUGCUGGUCAUCCUGCCCCUGUCCGCCCCGAGGGAGAUCAGGUUUCAGAAAGUCACGAGCUUCCUAGGCACCCUGGCCGCCUGCUACCUGGCCCUGGUCAUCGUGGCGCAGUACUACCUGAGGCCCCAGGACCUUGCUCGCGAGCCCCGUCCUGCGCUGAGCCCUUCCUCCUGGACCUCUGUGUUUAGUGUCUUCCCCACCAUCUGCUUCGGAUUUCAGUGUCACGAAGCUGCUGUCUCCAUCUACUGCAGCAUGCGCAACCAGAGCCUGUACCACUGGGCCCUGGUCUCCGUGCUGUCCUUGCUGGCCUGCUGCCUUGUCUACUCACUGACAGGCGUUUAUGGCUUCCUGACCUUCGGGACCGAAGUCUCUGCCGACAUCCUGAUGUCCUACCCGGGUGACGAUGAGGUCAUCAUCGUGGCCCGAGUCCUCUUCGCCGUCUCCAUUGUGACCGUCUACCCCAUUGUGCUCUUCCUGGGGAGGUCGGUGAUGCAGGAUUUCUGGAGGAGAAGCUGUUGCCAGGAGUGUGGGCCCAGGGCCCUGGCCAACCCCUCGGGGCUGCUGACCGUCCUGUGGGUCACCGUGACGCUCGCCAUGGCCCUGUUCCUGCCGGACCUCAGCGAGAUCAUCGGCAUCAUCGGUGGCAUCAGUUCCUUCUUCAUCUUCAUCUUCCCAGGUCUGUGCCUCAUCUGUGCCAUCGGCACCGAGCCCAUAGGACCACGAGCCAAGUGCUGCUUGGAGAUCUGGGGAGUAGUGUCUGUGCUCAUCGGCACCUUCAUCUUUGGGCAGAGCACGGUGGCAGCCCUCUCGGAGCUCCUAUGAGGGGCAGCCACCCUGGCAGGCGGGGGGCUUCCCUGGGCCACCCUGGUCCCCGCAUGAGACCGAUGUAACCCCAUCAUAAAGAUGCUGGAGAAACUGGUACCUCUGCCUUCUCAGGUGCUCAUUGGGGCUUCUGCUUGUCCGAGGGUCUCUGGUGCGAUGGUGAGGGGGGUGCUUGUCUCCAGGGGCUGCCCUAACAAGUGACCACAGGCUGGUGGCUUGAAUCAGCAGGCAUUUAUUCUCUCCUAGUCCAGAGGUCAAGGUGUGGGCAGGGCCAAGCUCCCUCUGAAGGCUCCAGGGGGGCAUCCUUCCUGCCUCUUCCAGCUCCGGGGGUUGCCGGCAGUCCUUGGCUUGUAGACGCAUCUCUCUCUCUGCUUUCCUCUCUGCAUGGCCUUCUUCCCUCUGUGUCUGUGUCUAAAUUUCCCUCCUCUUAUAAGGAUGCUGUCAUGGGAUUAGGGCCACCCUAAUUCAUCUGAAGUUACUUAAUUAUGGUCUGCAAAGAUUCUGUUUCCAAAUAAGGUCACAUUCACAGGUUCCAGGGAUAGGACUUAAUAUUUCUGGGGUACACAAUUCAAUUCAGGUGGCUGAGGCCCAGACAGCCCUGCUUUGGGGCACCAGGAUCAAAGACAUGGGGUGAGGGUAGCACACAAAGAGCCCCAAAAGGGAUUUCCAGUGGCAUCCACUGGACGUGGAGGUGGACUCAGGCUGAUCCUCGGCCAGGGCACAGGGAAUGUGGGAGAUGCCCAAGGCGGUGAAUGCCCAGAACUGGCCACACAACCUUGCACCUGGCCCACGCUCCAGUGGGGUAUCCUGAGGAGAGCCCCCUUUCCUCCACUGGCUGGACCUGAAGGGCCUACAGGCCAAGCGGACUGUUUGCUCCAUAGUUCCCUUCCGACCCCAGACCAGCUCUGCAGGGAGGAGUCACACCUGGGGCUGAAGAUGGGGCCCCAGGGCCUGCCCUGGGCCAGGGACGGGGAGGAGAUGGGGGGGGUUCCAGUGGCUCCCCCAGGCGCUGACCCUGCACAGGCCCAGCAUGUUGCUGGGCUCAGGCCACUCCUCGCCCUCGGACGUCCGACAGAAGCCGGCAGUGCGGGGCUGACGGCCCAGGACACCACCGCAGGGUGAGGCAACUGAGGCUUGGAACAGUCAGGGCUGCCUGUCCUGAAGUCUGGUCCAAAUUAAUUGACGGGAUUGAAUAUUGAACCGGUUUGCGGUGUCGAACUCCGCCUUGACGUUGGACCUGCUCCUAGCGCCUGGUCUGUCAAAUCAGCCUCCACGUUGGACCGAAAAGGAUUAAAGGUGAUUCUGUAUCUACAACAGCUAACAGGGAAGCCAAACAAUAGUUUUAUUUCCAGAAAAACCUACGUUGAUAUUGGCAAAUAAACACUGAGCUUCCUGGCAGCCAAGGGAAAAGGGGAAACAUGACACUAAGUUCACCCAGAAGCAGGAAAGCACAUCAGGAAGGAAGUGGCCUGACAUUAAAUGCUACAAAGAGAUGAGGUGAUGCUGUUUAAGGGGCGACAAACAUCACUACUGGGGACAAUCGUUUCUCCUUCUGUGACAGGUGCAGAUGUGACCCUCAGAGGAUUAAGCCUCAAAUCAACCAUCAUAAUGCAAAGAAACGCACACUGGGAUGUCACCUCUGAUGUCGGACCCAGGAAAGGAAGGUUGUAGGGCCAACUUGUGUCUCUGCCCUGCCCUCCUCACCUCUCGGACCCUCUGCACACCUGGCACUGAUGUUGCACACCCAUUUGUGGACUACAAUUCCUGGCAGCUAAGGGGGCAGAAUAAAGGGUCAUUGGAAGAUUUGGGCCUUGCCCUUUCUUAACUCAGCCCUCGGUGCCUGGUGGAGGCUGCUGCUCCUGUGGGCACCCCCCCAGUGCCAUCCCAGGCCUCCCCCCAGCUGCCCUCUACCUGGCACCGAGAUCCUGGAGAGGGCCUCCGGCUGGCUCAGCGUGUCCACCUUGAUGUGCCGGAACGCCUUGCACACGGAGCUCUGCAGGUGCCUGUAACCCACGGGGCAAUGGUGAGCCCUUGAGGCUGGGGCUGAAGCACCUGAUGUGGGCUUAGCCGUGGGGUUUAGCCUCAUGUGAAGAUAAGAAGGUGAGGCCCCAGGAAGGCAGAUCUGUGGGGCCCUAGAGAGUGAGGGGCAGGUUUGGGGCAGAAGAGCCUGUUUCUCACCUCAGUGAGCAUCGUUAAUGAGUAGCCUUCGUGGGUUUUUAUCCCUUGGGGCAGCAGUUUUCAAACAGGAGUGGCUGGCCUCAGAUCCCAGGGCCAGGGACCUGCAUUCAGGACCUAGCUGAGGGGGUCACACCCCACACUGAGAAGUGCUGCCUCCCACUGGCUCCAGGGCGCACGAAACCCAUGAGGCCAGCGUUCUGGGUGGUGGGUGCUGCUGGAACUGGGCUCACCUUACCCUCCCCUCUGCACUGUCUGGGACAAGGAAAGGGGCUGGGGCUGGCGUUAGUGGACCUGCGUGCUUACCUCUUCCACUCCUCCUCUGUCUCCCAGAACUCAUAGACCACGAAGGUGAAGCCGUCCGACAGCCUCCCAGCGGCGAUGCUGCAAGGGGAGGGGCGAGGUUGGAGGCAGGAUUAGCCUGGGCUGCCCUCAAAGAGCCUGGACAAGACACCCCCAGAGCCAGGCUACGGGGUACCCUGAGAGCCUGGCAGAAGCUGAGCACCCAGUCUGUCACCCACCAAGGCUGUGAGCCACAGUGCUGCUGCCUUUCUGACGGGAACAACCCAGAGCCUGCGGGCCAGCCCGUCCCUCCACCAGGGGAAGGCCUGGCCCCAGACAGUGGCCAAUUCAUGUUGUUGAAUGAAUUAUAACGAAAUAUCAUUUUAAAGGCUGAAUAUUCACUUU